GUGGUAUGAAUGUGGAACAAGCUUCCAGCAGAAGUGGGCUGCUAAAGAACAAUGAUGAAAAGUUUCGAGCUCACACCGCGAUGGGCCGAUUCUCCAUGGCACUGUCACCCACACUGGCAAACGAUAUGACCAAGGUCAGCAUGCUGAUCAGGGAAAAGCUGUACUCCAACUUCCCUGCAGUCCGGCACUUGUUCCAGGCAAACGAUCCUAAGGGAAGAGGCAUAGUUUCAAAGGAAGCCUUCACAAGGAUUCUAUGGAAUUUGUGUGGAUACUUAACCACUCAGCAAGUUAACAAUCUCCUUGGCAGCUUAGGAAUCGCUGGCUUGUCACGGAUUUCCUUCGAUGACUUCGUAAACUGCUUCCGGGAGUCUGAGGUUGGGAAGACUGAGUGGAUAAAGAACAUCCAGCCAAAGCAACUGCAGGAGGUCGGCACCAAGCUCCAGGUCCCCACCCAUUGCCUCCCCCAGCAGAAACUGUGCAAAGCUGAAGAAAGUGCGGAGAACUGUCUUAACCUCCUUAAACAGAAAGUCUGUGAAAGGAUAAGCAAGGAGAGGAAAUCAGAAAUCCCCACUGCGCAGCUUCUCAAGGAACUGGGAAUUAGCGGCGAGCAACCCGGUUCUUUUGGAACAGUGGAUCUCAUGACCACCAGUAAAACAGGUUUAAAUGAAGAUUCAGCAACACCAGUGACUAAAAAUAAACCCUGUCUGCCAAACGGGGCUGCUGAUCCCAGUGAGGACAUCAUUAGGAUAUUCCGAGAUAAGCUGCAUGAGGCCGGCGUAUCAAUCCUCCAUGAAUUUGCCAAGUUCGACAAAGAGGCCAAGGGUUUGAUCAGCAAAAGCAGUUUCCGGCACGCAUUGGUUGAUUUAAAAAUUGCAAUGUUUGUCAUGGAUAUGGAGCACCUGUUAUCCAGAUUCAAUUUAAGACGGAAGGACGGAUUGGUAGAUUACGUGACAUUCGUGAGAAAACUACAAAGCCGAUCGAAUUUGAGCCUUUUCCAGAAGCUGAUUCCACAGUUAAAUCCCAGUGAAGGAGCACCUCUGAGGGGCAUUAAAUGCAGCCUGACAUCCUCCGAGGCCACAGUCAGCUUACUGAGCCAAUGUCACCAACUUUACCUCCAACUGCUGGCAGCUUUCAGGAAGGUUGAGACUUCGGGAGAGGGUGCUGUCACUGCUCAAGCAUUUAAGGAGAUUCUUGAAAAAUACUUCCAGACUGAUCUCUCUGAGAAUCAACUUAACAGCCUCUUGACCAGAGUCGGUGAUCUGCAAACCAACCUGGUGUCCUACUCAAAGUUCCUGUCCCUUUUCCAAGACCGACCCAGCACAGGAGAGUUGAAAGAAGAGGUCAGCAAAUGUUCCAAUCUCAUGAAGAAUAAAAACGAACGAAUUGACAGAAUACGGUACAGGGAGAGGUUCGGCAGUGACUGGGCAAGAUAUGGCUUUGCACAGAAACCACGUCCGCUACAAGAGCUGCGGUCCAUCGUCUGGAACCUCCUGCAGAAACGGUUCCGACCCUUCUGUAAGGUGUUUGUGAGCAUCUGCAUCAAUGAUGACUGCACUGCAGACAAGGAGAAGCUGGACAGCAUCCUGCUGAGGAUGAACGUCAUCCUUCUCCCCAUGGAGCUUGAGAAGUUGUGGUACAGCUUGCCGAUCAGCUGCCCCAUGGAAGCAAUCUCACUGAGGAAGUUCCUCCGACACUUCAGCAGACUGAAAAAGGCAAAGGACUCGGGGAAAGAGUCACAGCCGAGCCCUGUGGCCUCGAUCCUGAGCAAACUGAGGCGGGAUGUUGUUAAGCACUGGAGCGAGCUCAAGUCCAUCCUGAGGGAGCGGGACCCCUAUGGCACAGGGAGGGUCCCCUUCAGAGAUGUCCAGGCCCUGUGCAUGACUCUGAAGUGGAACCUCCUUCCCACGGAGCUCGAUAAGCUAUGUGCGGCCUAUGACCUGGAUCAAAGCGCAGAGUUUCACUACAUCGUAUUCCUGAAAUUCUACACCAAAAAACAAAAAGAGACAGUCUAGUGGUCAAGCAGACAGUGUGAGACAGCGUCAUCCAACAUCAGAGACAGCGUAAGGAUUUGGCCUUUCCUGGUGUGCCUAGUGUUCAGGCCAGGAAACAACCUGAAUUCUACCAUUAUGUUAGUCCUCCUGAACCACCACUGACUUUUUAUGGUCUUUUCAGAGCAUUUGUUCAAACUGAAGAUCGUGAACUGUGCACCCUCUCCCUCCUGCACUUCGCCUCUACCUAAACGUCCCCUUUCCCACUUCUUCCCCCCUCUCUCUGUCCCUCUCCUCCUACCCUCCACAAAAAUUCCUUCCCUUUGCUCCCCUCUUUCCCUGCUCCCAGGCAUCCAAACAUCCUACUCCUUCCCUGCACCAUCCUUAUCCUCUCCACUUCACCCUCCUCUCUCCUGAACCCUCAGCCCUCACAAACCUGAGCAUCUCCAACCCUCCUCCCUGCCCCUCCCACUUCCUCUCCCCUCCUGUCUUCCACUCUCCCUGCCCUCCCUCCAAAGCCCCCUCACUUUGCCCAGGGAUUCCUGACUGGGCCAUAUCUAGUUGAUAACCCUGGUAGUCCCGAUAACCCAGGAUCCGGGUCUAGGCUUCACAAACAACCCUGUCACUAUGAGAUGAUGAGUUAACAGCUGCCGGUACUGGGUGAAGCCACUUAUGGCCAUACAGAAGCCUCAUUUCAAAGGUUCAAUUAUUAUCAACGUAUACAACUCUGAAAUUCUUCUUCUCCAGAUAACCAUGAAACCAAGAAAGGAAAGAACAGCAGCACGAUCAUCAACUCCCCAAAUCUCUCCUCCCCACACAAAAAAUUAACAAAAAUGCAACAGGCACAUCAACCCCUAAAUUCCCCCCCUCCCCCACACACACGAAACCUGGGAAAGAUUGGACAAAAACACAAACUAUAAAAAACUAUAGACUGAAAAAAAGCCUAUCGUCCAAGUCCAUAUCCAAAAUGCAGAAAGCCUGGGUAAUAUUUUGCGGGGACAGUGACAGGCCUUUCCCUCUGUGGUAGCAGAGUGAUCCCCCAGCAGUUAGAAGGCAGUCUUCCCUCUCCGUAGCAGAGCGAUCACACCAGUGAUCAACAGACAGGCAGCCAACACUCACCUUCUAUAUUCGCCUCGAUGUUUCAAUCUCCCUCGUCACUUUAAUCAGCGAACAAUGGAAGCUUUAAUCAGUGAAAUGGGGUCAAACAUUGGCUCACGUCCCACCCCGCAGCCUUCUCGCCACACAGUUCACGGGCACUGCCUCUGCCUCCUGGAAUCCGCUCGGAAACUGCAGUGCCAAAACACCCAAACAAUCUCCAAACUGCAAAUUACAGGCUCCAACAGUUCCAGAAUCACAUUCAAGAUGAAAAACAAACGUAAAAGACAUAAAAGAAGUGAAAUGUAUGGUUUCAUGAUGUGUCCAGAAGAUGUCAACUGAAGGAGUAUUGUAUGAAGCCGCCAUGUUGAUUGGGAGUUGACUGGAUAUUCAAAUUCAAGUUCAAUUUUACUGUCAUCUGACUGUAGGGUACAUAUAUACAACAAAAUGAAACAACGUUCCUCCAGAUCACUAUAUCACACACACCACAUAAAACAAAAUAUCACCAUAUAUAAGUUAAUAAAAUAUAAUUCUAAAUGCAUGUAGUGCAUAGCACAGGUAAACAUCUCGCUGUCCCAGUGACGAGACCUUGGCGAUGGUAGGGUAUUCAUUCAUCUCACAGCCUGACGGAAGCCUUUACCCAGACUGACAGUCCUAGUCCCGACGGUAGUGAGUCAAAGAGAUUGUGGGACGGGUGAUGGGGAUCCUCAACAAUGGAUUGGGCCCUUCAUCUGCACCAUUCCCGGUAAACGUCACAAAUAGUCAAACGUGGGGUGGGGGGGCGGGAGGUGGAGGAAGACACCAGUGAUUCUCUCAGUGGCCUUUACCAUCCUAUGUAGGGCCUAGCAGUCCGCCGCCCUGUAGCUUCACUAACACAAGAUGAUGUAGCCAGACAGGACGUGCUGGAUGGUGUUGUUUGGCUGGGGAUGGGGAGAAUUGCACAACACACUUCAGUCUCCUAAGAAAGUGCAAAUGCUGCUGUCUUCACUAGUGAGAAGGUGUUGUCAGUCCAGGUUAGAUUUGUAAAGGGUGUUACGUACCCCGUAACUGGGUUGCCAAACCAGCAGAAAUGGAUCACUCAGUUGGAGUCUGGAGUACUAGAACUAAGAAAGUUUUAUUAAAGAAACAAGCAACACAGUAAUCAAAAGGAUAAUAAAUGCAACAGUUCAGCGAUGAUAAACACACAUGUGCACAGAAUUAAGAUAACAGCAUCAAUCAAGCUCUAUCGUUGUCUAGGGGUAAAUGACCAAAUUUCAAAGUGACUCAAAGUUCAGUCCAGUUAGUAGUCCAGUUCGCAGUAAUCGUUGCCAUGGCGAUGGACAACGUGGGGGGAGAGAGAGAGAGAGAGAACAGGAGCAACUGAUCAUUCAGACACGGCUUCACUCACAGACCGGCGAGAUGGCUCACAAGGAGCUUUCGGGUGGGUCCUUGGUGAUGUCACCUGAGGUCACCGACUGUGACCCCUCCUCCAGAUGCGGUCGAUCCUCUGCGGUGAACCCGGCACCCAGGCAAGGGCGGACACACACCGGGUUCCCGCUGAUCGUACCUUUCCAUCCUGGCCGUUGUCUGGUACCUCUCACCGACUCGUGAGAAGCGUACCGCUUCCAGGGUCUUGUUACCUCGGGUGGCGUGUGUGUUGCCUUAGCGAACCGGUCCCUUUUUAUCCCCCUGCUGGGGUAUCGCCUGUCCAUCACUUCAAACAGUUCAAGAUUCAAAGGGGGGAGCCGCUCCAGACAGCUCUCUCUCCCACGUCCCUUCAUCUCCAGACUCUGCUCCAUUGUUCCUUAUCUCUCCUUCCCCUGAGGGCAGGUGGCAGACCACUUGCUGAUGUCACUGAUGCUAACCCAGGCCAGCAAACAUCUUAAUUUUAUGUGUAUUCUCGUCACAAGGGAUUGAAUGAAUAUUUGAGCAAAAGGAUUAUAAACCAUUGUGUGUAAUAGUCAAUCAUAACAGAACUAGAAUAGACUUUCCUACUUCAUCUAAACACCCCACUCCUUCUGUUCACCCUCCUUAUCCUUUUUCAACUACAACUCCCUCUUCUCCUCAAACCUCCCAACCCAGAGCAUUCUCAGUCCUCCUCCCUGCCCCUCCCACUCCCUCUCCCCUCUGCCCUCCUCUCUCCCCACCCUCACUUUGCAGAGAGAUUCAUGGCUGCAGAGCUAGUAUUGACCUUCGUACACGGUGUCUCUGGAGGCGAUGUGAUUCAGUGAUUGGCCAAUAGUGAGUGCUCAUGUUGUCUGUGAGUUAGAAGAGAAGCCAAGCCAUCAGAUCCGUGGUUCCCGAACCACCUGCUGGUCUCAUAUGUGCAAAGUUCAUAAUAAAUCUAUUAUCAAAGUAUAUAACCCUGAGCUUCGUUUCCUUGCAUGCAAUCACAGUAAACCCAAGAAACACAAGACUCAGUGAAAGACUGCACCCAACAAAUAACUAAUGUACAAAAGACAACGAACUCCGCAAAUAUGAAAAUAAAAAUCAGUUCCCUGGACGUAGAUUCCACACGGCUGCCUUGUCCUGGCAAUUACAUGAACAUUAGUUGGGUAAAAGCCACCGAACAGCGCAGUACAGGAACAGACCAUGAAGGUGACCUUACAGAACCAUAGAGAAAGUGAAUGAUCAUAGUCCUUUUCACAAAGUAGGGGAGGCUAAAACUAUACUUUGUGGCUCGGUGAGGCGGAAAAAUUAA